AUGCGUUGGGGAAAUCUGUCUUUACGUGUGCCAGACCCUACAGACCCUGCUUCUGACAUGGAUUCAUUCGCACAGUCGGAAAGGCAGCAGGUCAAGGGUGUGGAUUCACCUGUUGAACUCUUGGAAACCCCCUUUCCUCAGCGUCGUCGAAAGAGCAACCAGACCGGGUAUUCCAAGCAGGAGAUAUGGACGAGCCGUGCUACGGUGGUGCUCCGUACAGUCGGCCUCAAGCUCUUGCCAGCCCUGACACGAAAUAAAGAGCAUGCAAAAAUUGCAUUGCACAAGAAUCGCUUGAAUGCUUGCAUUCGUUGCUUGGUCCAUAUCGUACCCCUUUCCGGGGCAAUCGCUCUACUCGUAUUGAAUAUGGCGCAGUACUAUAUUUCCUCAAACAUGUUGUCGAGCCGUAUUGUUGCUCUUCAGUUCGUCGCAAAGCUCCAUGAGUUGACCAUGGUUGCAUCCCUUGCAACCACACUGUCGUCCUAUACUCAAUAUUUACUUGCUUCAAAGAGGGGCCUUCCAUUUGGCGCGGCAUUUGCUGGGCUCCAUGUUUUGCAACUCACAUAUCUAUGGUCACCGGAGUUGUGGGGAUCAAUGGCCUCCAAGGUUUAUGGCUGGAGGUUCAAACUGCAAAUGCUAUCUUUGAUAGUCCUUGUCACCGCUCUGAUGGUUAUUGUUGGGCCUGCAAGUGCCGCUACCAUGAUUCCAAGAAGCAUCCUAUAUCCUCGGAACCAGUAUCUUUUUGCUUCCAAUACGACGAGAGAUACAUUAUUCCCGAUCAACUUGACGGCUGCGCUAUAUAACGACCGCUGCAGACCCGAUCUCCGCGCCGCAUCCCCUGCCUUCGAGCAAAUCGAAUCUUGUCCUUGGUCCAUCAAUGGCACUGGCACCUCCUAUAUUCAGUCAUUGGAACCAGUGAUACGCAAUUUGACCAGCGGGGUAUACCUCUCAUCCGACUUCGAGGCUGGCCCUUUGUUCUCCCGUUCCUCAAGCUGGUUGGGCGACAACCUGAUAUCUCCGUGUACAUUUUCGCUGGACUUAAAUAAUACUGACGGCACUGUAUUAGUCUCGACUCAAGCACAGUGGCUACUUCCAUUCGGCAGUGAAACCGCUACCAGGGGUGUAGAUGUCAUCGAGACCGAGAAUUCCAUGGACCCAUAUGCGGAAGUACAGUGUUCUCUUCAGGACUCCGUUGUCUGGGAUCUUAAAAGCAAUCCAGCCGAACUGUACUUCGGUCAAGCUGCCGGGAUUCACAACAUCUCGGACACUCUGACGGAUGCGGAGUAUCAACUCUUACGGAAUCAAGUAGUUGCAAGCAACGGAACGUACAAUGACGCUCUCUUCGUGGAGAUUCCGGAUUCUAAGAAAAUUGGCAUUUUAUUGUUAUCAUCCUCCCGAAAUUGUCCGAAUGGUUACCCAAACCGCUUUAAAGAGGUCUGCAUCACUCCCUGCAGUGCAGAUCUUGGCUGGAUCUCGACAACUGUGCGCUUCGAUGGAUCCACGGUGGCCAGUCGGCGCACUUCCCAACCAGGUGAUAUCUUAUUCCGCUAUGCUCAUGCUGAUAAAGAUUGGUUGGCAAUGGUUAAUCCCAACCUGGAGGGUGCCAACAUGACCGCAUUCAAUUUUCUGAGUUCAAAUCUCUCAACACAGCUCUUCAACCGUGGAGAAGACGGUGCUGUAGUGUUUUCAACCCUAUUAGCCGCAACCCUAUCGAUUACGACGCCUCCACCAUCCCAUUACUACUGGGGAGAUCCGAAAACAUCAACAACGUCGCUUGAAGUGAGCGGUACCACGGCAGAAUCUAUACCGUACUCUGGUGUGAAUGAUCUCCCAUCGCAGUUCAGACAAAUCCUGUACCAGAGAGGAUACGGAUAUGGGCCGGAUAUCCUCGCCGUGAAGCUGUCACUGGCAAUCUUGCUUAUAUAUUGCCUCGUUACAUUGGCACAUAUAUGUAUUUCCAUCUGGUACGGCAUUAGCUCAAUAGCAUGGACCUCUUUCUCGGAAGCCAUCGCACUAGCGAUGAACUCCCCGACUGCUCCGGAACUUCAGAAUACCUGCGCGGGAAUCGCGACCGCAAAUAUUUUCGGAUACAAAGUGCGAAUUGGAUCUAGGACAGCUCCGGGCGAUCUAUCUAAUGGCAUGAGAUCGACUAUGGACGAACAAGAUGUUCCGCACCUUGAGCUACUAUUCCCGUCGCAUGGCUCUCAUGCAAUCGAGAAUGUUCAGUUGAACUGCAAGUAUGGCGCACUGAAAGAGAAGAUUGAUUGA